CCACUCUGGGGAGAAGAUAUUAAAGUAAUUGAUUGCCCCUGAAGCUGCUAGAUGGUUCUUACCCUUUGAUUCUAUUCUGGUUAUGAUCCAAGCUCCCUACCCCCAGCUUGGGCAAAUGGCAGCCAUCUCGAGAUUGAUUUGACGGGGAGAGAUCUAGAGACAGGGAAAUGAGGAAGCCGUUGUCCCCUUUCCAAUAUUUUUAAGUUUCAUUUGAAUCCUACCGGGAACCAAGCACUGUCGCUGCCCUCCAGGAAUUCAUAGUCUAUUGCUAAAAAUUGUCAUAAUUAUCCUCUUAAUAAGAAAACCCCAUUAUUUGAUGUUUUCUGCGUGUUCUGUACUAUGCUAAUUGCCCAGCAUGCAUUAGCUCAUUUAAUUCUGACAAGAUCCCUUUGAGAUGGAUACCGUGAUCAUCCCUGUUUUACAGUGGAGGAAACAGGUGUGGGGUUGGUAACUAGCUUGCCAAGAACUUGCAGCUAGUAUUCAUCUGACUAAGAUAUCUUUCCCUUUACCACUUUUACAAGAAGUUUGCGUCUUUGGGGCAACUAAUGGGUUAAAAAAACACUAGGUUCUGCAAAAAGGCAGGAUCUGUUCAGUGUUACUUUUACCACUCCUUUCAGUGACAUGUGUGGCAGAGCACAAGUAAGGAGCAGAUAGAACCAUGAGUCUAUGGGGUUUGCAAAGAGGCUCAUUUGGACAGUGGUUCUCUGUGGUAUAAAUGGAGAAGACAGGGCAUGUCUGAACCUGCUGCAGCUAACAAAUUAUUACUGGAAGUGGACCAGUAAUGCAUGAUGUGUGAUUGUAGGAAGAUGGAGGAGUAUGAGAAGUUCUGUGAAAAAAGUCUUGCCGGAAUACAAGAAGCAUCAAUAUCCACAGAGAGCUUUCUUCCUGCUCAGUCUGAAAGUAUCUCACUUAUUCGCUUUCAUGGAGCAGCUAUCCUUUCUCCACUGCUUAACAUUGAAAAAAGAAAGGAAAUGCAACAAGAAAAGCAGAAAGCACUUGAUAUAGAAGCAAGAAAGCAGGUUAACAGGAAGAAAGCUUUACUGACUCGUGUCCAGGAGAUUCUUGACAAUGUUCAGGUUAGAAAAGCACCUAAUGCCAGUGAUUUUGAUCAGUGGGAGAUGGAAACGGUUUACUCUAAUUCAGAAGUCAGAAACUUGAAUGUUCCUGCUACAUUUCCAAAUAGCUUUCCAAGCCAUACUGAACAUUCUACUUCAGUAAACCUUGAUAACAUAGCCGGGAUUUUGCCAUUGGAUAAUGAGGACCAAUGUAAAACUAAUGGAAUAGGCUUAGCUAGAGAUUCAGAAGGAUUUAAUUCUCUGAAGCAAUGUGAUAAUUCCAAUAUUAGUCAUGUAGAAAGUGAAGCUUUUCCAAAGACCUCUUCAGCAACCCCACAAGAGACUCUUAUUUCUGAUGGUCUCUUCUCAAUAAAUGAAUCACAGGAUCCACUACUUUUGGCAGAAGUCACCCCAGAUCCCUAUGUAAUGAGUCUUCAGAAUCUGAUGAAAAAGUCAAAGGAAUAUAUAGAAAGAGAACAAUCUAGACGCAAUCUGAGAGGUAGUACAAUGAGAAUUGUUAAUGAGAGUCAUUCAGAGAAAGAAAAUGAUGCUGUUGAAGUGGCUGACUUUGUUAAAGAGAAGGCCCCGUUGACAGGCAAACACUGUGUCUCAGUUAUUCCCGACAAACCAAGCCUUAAUAAAUCAAAUGUUCUUCUCCAAGGUGCUUCUGCUCACGCAAGCAGCAUGAGUACGCCAGUUUUAGCUAGCUUUUCGAAAGUGGACAUACCUGUACGAACUGGUCAUUCCACUGUUCUAGAAUCUAAUUCGGAUUUUAAAGUUAUUCCCACUUUUGUUACUGAAAAUAAUGUUAUCAAAAGUCUUACAGGUUCCUAUGCCAAAUUACCUAGUCCAGAGCCAAGUAUGAGUCCUAAAAUGCAUCGAAGGAAUUCCAGGACAUCAUCAGCAUGUCAUAUACUUAUAAAUAACCCGAUAAAUGCCUGUGAAUUAAGCCCUAAAGGAAAAGAACAGGCAAUGGACUUAAUUGUUCAUGAUACUGAUGAAAAAACAAAUGUGCCCAAAAUUGUGCCAAAGUUACCAAUUGAUUUCGCAAGCGUUUGUUCAAGCAUGGCUUAUGUAGGCAAAAAUACAUCUGAAGUCAUAGAAGAUAUGGUUUUAGGUAAAACAAAUCAGGUAUGUCAAUCUUCAGGAAAUUAUUUAGAAAAUAAAGUUACUCAUGGACUUGUUACUGUGGAAGGUCAGUUAACAUCUGAUGAGAGAGGUGCACACAAAAUGAACAGUACCUGUGCUGCGAUGCCAAAGCUGCAUGAACCAUAUGCCAGCAGUCAGUGCAUAGCAAGUCAAAACUCUGGAACUGUGAGUGGACUCAAGCCAGCCAGUAUAUCAGAGAAAAACUGCAGUUUACAAAUGGAACUGAAUAAGUCUUAUGAUGUAAAAAAUCCUUCUCCUUUACUGAUGCAAAACCAGAAUACGAGACAGCAGAUGGACACACCUACGGUGUCCCAUGGAAAUGAACCAUUUUUGGAUAACAGUUUUGAGAAAGUUAAACGGAGACUUGAUUUAGAUAUUGAUGAUUUGCAAAAAGAAAACUGCCCUUAUGUCAUAACAAGUGGAAUAACUGAACAAGAAAGGCAACAUUUGCUAGAAAAAAGAUACACCAAGGGACCUGUCUUCAUUAACAAGAAUAAAAUGUUAGAAACCAGUUCCAAAGAAAGCGAGGAGUUGCUAAAGAGCAAGAUGUUAGCUUUUGAAGAAAUGCGGAAGAGACUGGAAGAACAGCAUGCUCAGCAGUUAUCACUACUUAUAGCUGAGCAGGAAAGGGAACAGGAAAGACUGCAAAAGGAAAUAGAAGAGCAGGAGAAAAUGUUAAAAGAGAAGAAGGCAAUGACAGCGGAAGCCUCCGAAUUGGACAUUAACAAUGCAGUGGAGUUAGAAUGGAGAAAAAUAAGUGACUCCACUCUGCUGGAAACAAUGCUGUCUCAAGCGGACUCACUCCAUACUUCAAAUUCAAAUAGUUCUGGUUUCACAAAUUCUGCCCUGCAAUAUAGCUUUGGUUCUGCAAACGAAGCAGCAUUCUACCUCUGGGGAUCAUCAGCUGGUGGCUUAACCAAACUCUCAGUAACAAGGCCUUUUGGAAGAGCCAAAACUAGAUGGUCUCAAGUUUUUAGUCCAGAAGUACAAGCAAAAUUUAGCAAAAUAACGGCAAUGGCAAAGGGAUAUCUUACUCGCAGACUUAUGCAGACAGAUAAGCUGAAGCAACUUCGACAAACUGUAAAAGAUACUAUGGAAUUCAUAAGAAGUUUUCAGUCAGAGGCACCAUUAAAGAGAGGUGUUGUUUCAGCUCAGGAUGCUUCACUUCAGGAAAGAGUGUUAGCUCAGUUGCGAGCUGCCCUGUAUGGUAUUCAUGACAUAUUCUUUGUAAUGGAUGCAGCUGAAAGAAUGUCUAUUCUACAUCAUGAUCGAGAAGUUCGCAAAGAGAAAAUGCUCAGGCAAAUGGAUAAAAUGAAAAGUCCACGAGUGGCACUUUCAGCUGCAACACAGAAGUCUCUUGAUAGGAAGAAAUACAUGAAAGCUGCUGAAAUGGGAAUGCCAAAUAAGAAAUUUCUGGUUAAACAAAAUCCUUCUGAAACAAGAGUCCUUCAGCCAAACCAAGGACAGAAUGCACCUGUUCAUAGGCUACUUAGUAGACAAGGAACCCCUAAGACAUCAGUGAAGGGGGCUGUGCAAAAUAGACAGAAGCCUUCACAGAGCAGAGUGCCUAACAGAGUGCCUGUUACAGGAGUAUAUGCAGGAAAAAUCCAAAGAAAGCGGCCAAAUGUUGCGACAAUUUAAGAAGACAGCAUUCAUUAGGAUAAAAUGGGAGAGGAUUAUAAUCCAUGUUAUUUUCCCUGCCCAAGACUUUAUUCAACCCUGGACUCUGUUUACACACACAAAGUGACGUCAGAAGGCUGAGCACUUAUCUGGAUCAUUUGGCCAGUUUGCUAAUUCCUGCUCCACACCCCUGUGUUCCUCUUAAUAAUAAGUGUGGGUGAAGACAAAUUAGUAUUUAGUAAUUGCAUCAUCUCUGUGCUUACCUAUACAAACGUAAGUUUGUUUUAUGAGCCCAGAUGUCUACAGAGACCCUUUUGUAAACAUAAAGGACAUUUGGGUUUACUUUUACAGAAUAUUGAAAGGAUAUGACAAAUUAUAAAUAAGUUCUAAAACAUAAAUUUCAUUCAUUUCCGCAUAGUGAUUUUUGAAUUUGAUUCAAGGGGAAAUUAUUGCAGAAGAAUGCCUUUCCCUCAUUUUAUAACUUUAAAAACUUGGAUUAAAUGCUCAGUGUCCAUACUCUUUCACUUACAGUGUAACCAUACAGCCGAUUGUGGUCCGCUAAAAUGUGGUCACUUUUGGUCAGAAAUAUGCAUUCCUGUCAACAGCUAGUUGUCUUACAGAAAUGUUAGGUUUCAUUUAUGUUACCCCAGUACUGUUAGAAACAUUUGUACUAGAUCAUUAGAUCUUUAUGGCUGGGUACCAUGGCUCACGCCUUUAAUCCCAACACUCUGGGAGGCCAAGGCAGGUGGAUCACCUGUGGUCAGGAGUUUGAGACCACCAGCCGGACCAACAUGGAGAAACCUUGCCUCCCCUAAAAAUACAAAAUUAGCCAGGUGUGGUGGUGCAUGUCUGUAAUCCCAGCUACUCGGGAGGCUGAGGCAGGAGAAUUGCGUGAACCUGGGAGGCAGAGGUUGUGGUGAGCCAAGAUCCCGCCACUGCACUCCAGCCUGGGCAACAAGAACAAAACUUUGUCUCAAAAAAAAAAAAAAAAAGAUCUUUCUGUGCCGGGUAGCAAAUUUGGGGAAGACAGCACAAUCUUCUUGAAUGUAGCUCUUGGGAAUGCAUUAUUACAUCCAUUUCUGUAAAAUAAGAAUAAUGUGUUGCAUGCAGUUAUAUUUUCUAUUUAGUCUGUAUAUUUUGUUUCUUUAUAGUCUGUUUUUUCUAGCAUGCUUGAUUUAGGAGAGAAUAAAGGGCUAUAUAAUAAUAAAUCCAAAUUUCAGGAUAAGAUUAUUGCCUGGUUAAAAUUCUGCAUUGCUUAAAGACACCCAUGUUUAAGAUUUUUCAUCACUAACAUAUCCAUUAAAAGUAUCAAUUGGCCAGGCAAGGUGGCCCAUGCCUGUAAUCCCAGCACUUUGGGAGGCCGAGGCAGGUGGAUCACCUGAGGUCAGAAGUUCGAGGCCAGCCUGUCCAACGUGGUGAAACUCCAUCUCUAUUAAAAAUACAAAAAUUAGUUGGGCAUGGUGGUGCAUGCCUGUAGUUCCAGCUACUUGGGAGGCUGAGACAGGAGAAUCUCUUGAGCCUGGGAGGCAGAGGUUGCAGUGAGCGGAGAUUAUGCCACUACACUCCAGCCUGGGCCAUAGAGCGAGACUGUGUCUCAAAAAAAAAAAAAUGUCUCAACCAACAAAUGUUACCAAGAAGACAUGACUUCAUGAGAGAGAAUGUGACUAUUAAUUUGUCAUACCAGUUCCAAAAAGGGCUUUGUGCUUUUCACAUAAAAUUGGGACAGUGUAUAUUUAAUCUAAUGUAAAUUUUAAAGGGAUACUGGCAUUUUGAAAAUGCAGCCUAUAUAUAUUCUUAAUAUCAUUUUAAGAAUAUGGAGAUGAAGAUUGUUUUCUCUAAUAUUCUGUGCCAUUUUAAAUUUAACUUUGAUAUCCAGCUAUAGACCAAAAUAAUAAUUCACCCUGGCUGUAAACUUGAUUUUCUUUAUUGAGAUGGAUCAUGUAUUGAAUGAGUGAACCGGAAAAUUAGAAGACGGUCAAAAAAGGUCCAAGUUAUCAAUUUUUUUAAAUGUAUAGGCAAAGUAUGUCAAAUUAUCCUCUUAAUAUGAUAAACUGUGCUUUAUCAUUCUGAAAAUUCAGGAUACAGAUUAUAGCAUUGUGGGUCUCUCCAGUAAGAAAGAUGUAAAAGUUUUGUGUAUAUUUUUUUGUGUGUAAUGCAAAUUAGUUAAAGCAAAUAGUAUGUUUUGGAGAAAGUUAAAACUAGCUUUAGAUUAAGGAUGCGAAACUUGAGUGUGUUUUUAAUUUAAAGAUAAAAGCGUGUGUUUUACACAUUUUUUUGGUGUUCAUAGCUUUUCUUAUACAAGUGCCAGACACUGUUUUGUGCUUUUGAUGGAUUUUUAUUUAUAUACAUUUUUUUGCUUAUUUUUUACUUCAAGUUGGAAUGUUCAUUAAUGUAAAUUGUAUUUAUUUUUAUACUUUUAUUUUCACUAGUUUUGCUUCUAGGCAAAAAGCAAAAUAAACUUUUCAUCUUAAAGAAAA